UGUUCUUCCUCCUAGUCUGAAACAUAAUUUAAUGAUAUACAAGCAAACGCAUACUGGCGAGAAACCUUUCAGUUACAGUCAGUGUUCUUCCUCUUUCUGUCAUAGACGAUCUUUGAAGGAACACAUUCGAUCCCAUACUGGCGAGAAGCCUUUCAGUUGCAGUCAUUACUCUUCCUCUUUUAGUCGAAAAACGACUUUAAAGGUACACAUCCGAACGCACACCGGCAAGAAACCUUUCAGUUGCAGUCAGUGUCCUUCCUCUUUUAGUCUAAAACAGACUUUAAAGGCACGUAUCCGAACGCAUACUGGCGAGAAACCUUUUAGUUGCAGUCAGUGUUCCUCCUCUUUUAGUGUGAAACAGAAUCUAAAGGCACAUAUCCGGACGCAUGCCAGCGAGAAACCUUUCAGUUGAAGUCAUUACUUUUCUUCCUUUAGGCACAGACGCUUUUUGAACCUAUGGAUUCUGACUUGUUCAAAUUUCUGAUUUUAUUUGCACAAAAUAAACUGCAGAAUUAAUUCACUUUUAUGUAUGUAUUAUGACAUUAUAAAGCUUAAUUUAACUUUUAAUGUAUGACUUAACACUAAUUUAAAAUUUAAACUAUUAUUAUAAUUUAAACUUUAAGAAUAUACCACAUUUACAAAAUAAGGAGAUUAAGAAAACAAAAUGUUUGCGUAAUAA